UGGAGUUGUCUCUUUAUGGGAAUGACCUUUGGACGUCUUCAAAGGUCAAGUCUGCAACUCAGCUUCGAGUACUUUUUUCAAGCCUCUGCCAUUCUUUCAUAACUUUUCCCGAAAUCUCAUUCCUCUCCAAAUGGUGUCUUUGUCAGAUUCGCGUUUGAAUUUACAUUGCAUGCUAUUAAUCUAUUGACAAUAUUCUAUUUUCUAUAUUUUUUUAUUGUAUAUCACAAACUUCGUUUUGCGGCUUUUCCCAUACUUUCUCUGUUUUCUCGAUCUUCCCUAUAUUUUGUCGCCAAAUAUCCAAAACGUCUGGUUGAGAUAGAAGUACAGAGGGUUGGAGGUGGGUCAAGCGUAGAAUCCGGAAUGAGCCUGCAAUUGAAGCCAAUUCAUCACCACCUCCACCACUAUGGCGGCCGCCAUUGUCACAAUAAUGAGCCGUAUCAACCCAGUUACAUAGAAAAUAUUCAAGUUCCAUCGGGAUGUAUGCUCAACCAUUCAUUCGUUUCUUUGCUGCCGAGUUGUCAUUUAUUGAAUGGAAAACGAGGGAUUUCCGCUAGGUCUUUGGGACUAUUCAACGAUUGGAGAAGAAGGCGAAACAGGGGCAGCGACCGAAUCGGUCACCGGAGUAUUGUGGCGUCCAGCAUUGCUGGGACACCGGUUUCAGAUGGGUCAAAACCAGAGAAAGGCUUUGUUUCUCCUCCCCUCAGUGACAUCCUUUGGCCUUCUGCAGGAGCAUUUGCAGCAAUGGCAUUGCUGGGAAAAAUGGAUCAGAUUCUAGCCCCAAAGGGGCUUUCUAUGACAAUUGCACCAUUAGGAGCCGUCUGUGCUGUCCUGUUCGCAACACCCUCAGCCCCUGCAGCUCGAAAAUACAACAUUUUCCUGGCUCAGAUUGGGUGUGCGGCAAUUGGGGUUUUGGCGUUCACUUUGUUGGGGCCUGGAUGGCUGGCUAGAAGCUCUGCUUUGGCUGCAUCAAUGGCGUUUAUGAUCUAUACUGGUUCGACGCACCCACCAGCUGCAAGUUUGCCGAUACUGUUCAUCGAUGGAGCUAAGAUGCAACAGCUCAAUUUCUGGUACGCUCUGUUUCCUGGUGCCGCCGGCUGUAUUCUUCUUUGCUUAAUACAAGAGCUAGUGGUGUUGUUGAAGGAGAAGAUCAAAUUUUAAGGUGUGAAUGAAAGAGUGAAACGGCCAUUAUUGAAGGUCUCCCAUAGCCUUAUGAUCUGAUGGAGAAAAGCUAAUUCAUUCCCCAAACCAAAUAUUUUGGACCCUUCAUCAUAAAUUCAACCUCAAACACACCACAUUCCAUCAAUUUGCCUCUUCCUUCAUGCUUAAGUUAAAGUUGUAAAUUUAAUCUCUCACCAUCCCUACUUUGUGUUUUCGUUGCAUUUUACUUUGGGUUAUGAAAGUAUGAUGCGAUAAGCGUUCUUUUUCCCUCAAAAUGAGUCCAACUACACUUAUGAUUAAAGUGAGUUUGACUUAGUGAUGAUAUUGAUAUGACUUCCGUCUCAAGAGAUCGAAUGCUUUUGUAACUAUUCGGUUUAUAAGUUUUAAUUUUAUAAUAUAUAUAUUAUAUGAUGCAAUGUUUUUGGUGA